GGUGAUCAGUUGUGAUUUUCUGUCGUCGCAUGUUAUUGAUCGAUUUCUCGCUCGUGUGUAUUUAUUGUCGUUGGUCGGUAAACGACAAGCGUCGCUCAUCCGAGGUAUGUGCGAAGGCGGGAUAUCGACCGGCCGUGUAAUCGUUGCAAGGACGAUCUCGGUGAAGCAUUAGGCCUGUUCUUUUUGAUUGAACUUUUGCCAGUUCAUCAAUAGCUUAUUGCACCGAUUCAGAGUACAGCAAUAAAAACCAGACCUUUCUUCUUCUUCUUUCUUGCUGGAAGAAAAGAAAGAAAGAUGAACUAGUACAAAAGUUCAGCCAAAAAAAGCAGACCUAUUGAUGAUUUGCAAUUCGACCGCGGCACUUGCAGCAAGAAAAGAGGAUUCACGGUGAUAUUCAUGGAGCGGAAGGAUACAAACAAAAAUUCGGAAGUGGAUACUAACGAAGAUACAGAGGAAGAUACAACAAUCACGAGCGAGCGGGGCACGCUGGAAGUAUUUGAUUCUCUCGAGGAUUCGGUUACGUCGUUAGAGAUGGAACAGUCGGAGACCGGUCGGAGAACGAGUAUCUUCAAAUUCUAUUCGUACAAGAAUGUAGAUACAAUGACAAGUACGAUGAAAAAAACAGGACCCCUUGUUGGUGUAGUUGAUGUUGGCACGCGUACUGUUCGCUUUGUGGUAUUUAAUGCAAAGCACGUCACGGAGAUUGCAUCUCAUCAAAUCGAUAUAGAACAAAUCAAUCCGCAAGAAGGGUGUGUAGAGCAGGAUCCCAAAGAGAUUCUUUUUGCAAUAAAGGCCUGCAUUAAGAAUGUAAUUCACAAAUUGGACAUGCUGGGUAUAAAGAUUGACGAAAUCGUUACAGUGGGUAUUACUAAUCAGAGAGAAACUACGAUAGUGUGGAAUGCGAUUACCGGUGACCCGCUUUAUAAUGCCAUAGUGUGGUCUGACAUCAGAACUGACGCGAUUGUAGAUCAGAUUAUAGCGAAGUUUCCGGAUCAGAGUAAAAAUCAUUUGAAAUCUUUAUGCGGUUUGCCCGUGAGCCCGUACUUUUCGGCUUUGAAGAUUCGUUGGUUAAAGGACAAUGUGCCGGCGAUAAAGAAAGCAAUUCGUGAGAGACGAUGCAAAGUGGGAACCAUGGAUACAUGGGUUGUUUGGAACUUAACGGGAGGCAAAGACGGUGGACUAUAUAUCACUGAUGUUACGAACGCGUCGAGAACGAUGUUAAUGAAUAUUGAAACGCUCUCAUGGGAUCCUACGUUAUGUAGAUAUUUCGAUAUUCCUAUGCAAAUGCUGCCGGAAAUCAAAAGCAGUUCCGAGAUAUAUGGUAAAAUCUUGAUUGGUCCGUUGUCUGGCAUUCCGAUAUCUGGUAUUUUAGGAAAUCAACAAUCUGCUUUGGUCGGACAAAAUUGUUUGAAGAAGGGUCAAGCGAAAAAUACGUAUAGAAGUGGCUGCUUUUUACUGUGUAACACAGGGCAUACCAGAGUAUAUUCUUCUCAUGGAUUGGUUACGACCGUCGCAUAUCAGUUAGGUCCGAAAAGUCCACCUGUUUACGCAUUGGAAGGUUCAAUUGCAGUUGCAGGUGCAGCUAUAAAAUGGCUACGGGAUAAUAUGAAGCUCAUAAAAGAUGUUCAUGAAAGUGAACACUUAGCUCAAAGUGUAUUUAGUACGGGAGACGUCUACUUUGUACCCGCCUUCACAGGAUUAUAUGCACCUUAUUGGAGAAAAGAUGCAAGGGGAAUAAUUUGUGGACUUACUGCAUUUACUACGAAGCAACACAUAAUUAGAGCAUCCCUCGAAGCAGUAUGCUUUCAAACCAGGGAUAUUCUUGAAGCGAUGUACAAAGAUUGCGGAUUUCCGUUAACGAAGUUAAAUACAGAUGGAAAAAUGUCAACUAACAAUCUGCUUAUGCAAUUGCAAGCCGAUUUAUGUGGUACACCAGUAUUUAGGUCAACUGUGCCUGACAUCACGGCUUUAGGUGUAGCGAUGGUUGCCGGACAUGCUGAAGGAAUAGAUGUUUGGGAUCUGGAAGGCGAAGAAGUAGAAACAGUACCAACCGACACUUUUCUUCCAACUACCACACCGGAAGAAAGGGACGCGAGGUAUAAGAAAUGGAAGAUGGCGGUGGAAAGGAGCCUAGGUUGGGUGACAGGAAAAAUGUCCGACCAAAUGACAGCUGAAAGGUACUGCAUACUGGCAUCCAUUCCUGCCAGUUGGUUUUUAAUAUCAAGCUUUAUUCUUCUGCGAUUAAGUUAUUACAUAGAGAAACGGUGACAGCAAAUCAACAUUAUCGAUAUGCAAGUUCCCGUAGACAGUGGAUAGUUCUAAUUGCAGCUCAUUGCAGAAAAAACUUGAAAUGAUUGUAAAGUUUAUUCACUCAUACAUACAUCGAUACGACAAGUGAUUAUGAAAUGAUCAGAAAGAAAAUAUUGCUUCUUUAAAUAUGAGUUUCAUACAUUUCGAUGCGAUUUAUCAGAAUUACAUUCAUAGUGAUCCUCAUCCAGGACAAAUACGCUAAUCAUUGAUCUUCGGAUUUAGAAAUGAAUAAUCAGCACAAAAUAUAUAUAUGUGUUUAUAAUUAUAUUUUCUGUGAAAUAACAAUAUCAGAUUUCUUGUAGGAUUGAGAUGGAACAAUAGAAUUUUUUG